GGGUGGGGGAGGGGCCGGAGCGGGAACCGGGAACGGGCGGGGGGGGGAGGGGGGAUGACCGGGAAUGGGGGGGCGGGGCCACGAGGGAGGGCGGGGCCAAAGCGGAGGAGAGGGGGAGGGGCCGGGAGCGAAGGGGAGGAGCCAGAAGGGGCGGGGCCAAAGUGGGGGAGGGGCGAGGCGAGGGAGCCCCGGGAUGGGGGGAGGGAAGAGGAACGGGGGGGUGGGGGAGGGGAAAGGGGGGCGGGGACUCCCCCUCCCCCCCCUCCACCCCCGGCCGCUUCCGGCGGCGGCGGUGACGUCACGGGGCGGGGCGGGCCCCUGGGGUCACGUGGGGGCGGUGGCGGCGCGAGCGGAGCGCGGGAGCGGAGGAGCCGGUGGCCGAUGAGAGCAGCCUGGGCUGCGCUGUCGCUGCUGCUGCUGCCGGGGCUGGGCCGGCGAGCGACGCCCGCGGCCACCGCGGCCACCGCGGCCACCAUGGCAGCCACAGAGGGGACACCGGGGGGCGCCUGCGGCAGCGCCGGGAACGGCACCGCGGGUGACACCGGGGACACCGGGGAGGUCUCGGCCGCCUUCGUCACCUGCCCCAACCUCAGCGUGGCCACCGAGCUGGCCAGGGCUCUGGUCCAGCAGCGUUUGGCCGCCUGCGUCAACAUCAUACCCGGGGUGACCUCGGUGUACACGUGGCAGGGGAAGCUGGAGGAGGACAGCGAGGUUCUGCUGAUGAUCAAGACCCGCAGCUCCCGGGUGCCGGCGCUGAGCGACUUCGUCCGGAGCCAGCACCCGUACGAGGUGCCCGAGGUGGUGGCGCUGCCGGUGGCGCAGGGGAACCCCCCGUACCUGCGCUGGGUGCGCGACAGCGUCCCGCCCUGAGGAACCUCGAAAACAUCCCAAAACACCCCAAAAAACCUCCUCAAAACCCCCCCAAAAACACCCCAAAAAUCCCCCCGAAAAAUCCACCCAAAACCCCCUAAAAAUCCACCCCAAAACACCCCAAAAAUCCCCCCAACCCCUCUCAAAAUCGCCAAAAAUCCCCCCAAAAACCACCACAAAAAUCCCCCCAAUGCCCAAAAUACCCCAAAAUCCCCCAUAAAACUCCAAAAAUGCCCCAAAAAAACCCAAAACCUCCCCAAACCCCCUCACAAAAAAACCCUAAAAUUCCAAAAAAGUCCCCAAAAAAAACCUCAAAAAGUUCCCAAAAUAUCAUCAAAAACGCCAAAAAUCCCCCGAUCCGGGGGGGACCCCGAGAUCCGGAGGGGGAGCCCCGGAUUUGGGAAUAAAGAGGAGGAACCCCAAAAC